AUGCCAUACCAACAAUAUGCCGCCAUCUUGGGACCCGAGGAGCGACGAUGGGCCCAUAUACAACCUUGGCUUCAGUCCAAGGGUUACAUGCUCCGUCCUCGGUUUCGCGUCGGGUGGACGCCAUCGUGGUUGGACGGUACAACGGUCACGACGCGGAAGUUGGGCGAGGACAGUCUCCCACAUAACAAACAUGCUUGCGGUCUCAUUAUGGACGCAGUGCGCAUCAGCGACGGCCGUCUUGUUGUGCUCAAGAGAUUUGAAUUACCAGCCAAUGGACAGACAGAACUUGAAGUUAAUACCAUACUCUCAUCUGAGCCCCUCAAGAAUGACCCACGAAAUCCGGCAUUGCCCAUGCUGGAUGUUAUAUAUGCUCCGGACCAGUGUUUCAUGGUUUUUCCAUUCGGUCACUCUCUCUACGGCAUGGAGCUCGAUACAAUUGGGGAGGGCUUGGACUUCGUUGAGCAAACACUAGAGGGUCUUGUGUUCCUGCACGAGAACCGAAUCGCGCAUCGAGACUGUGCUAUCACUAACAUUGUCGGAGACUCGCCUCGCAUGUACCCUCGAGGUAUUCACCUCGACGGCGGCGGACUCGAUCUUCGGGGCAAGUCGCUUGGCCACAUUCGAACGCGUACACAAGUUGGCGGAAUGAAGUAUUACUUCAUCGAUUUCGGCGAAUCGAUCAAGUUUGGCCCAUCCGACAGCACUCGCAUUGUAGUACACUCAAAAGCUAGUAUUGCCGCUCCCGAAACCGCAGACCUAUCUCUCUGGCCCUAUGACGCUUUCAAACCCGACAUCUACACUCUAGGAACAACGUACAAGCGAGCAUUGGCGGAGGUUUAUACGUCGUUCGAUAUGCUAAACCCGCUCCUCGAUGCGAUGACCCAACGCGAUCCGGACGCUCGACCGUCUGCUGCAGAAGCAUUGGAACUCUACAAAAACAUCAAGGGAUCGCUCUCGCGUACUGCACUACACGGCCGUCUCCACAAGCGCAAAGAUCCACCAGAGUCUUCAUUCAAGCGGGUCUUCUUCGACUGUCUUCAUUAUACUGAACAAAUCGCCUGGGCCGCACAAAAUUUGAAGUGGUAA